AAUGAAACGUCCUCACUACACAUGGUGCCUGUCUUUUAUGGUGUAUUGAAAAGUGAUGGACUUUCCUAUCUUUGUCAUUACUCAGAUGUUCCUGUCUUCAUUUCUGGAAUAUUUAUCCACUGCAAAUUAAAUGAGACAGAAGUUUUUAGAGGCUAAAGGGUGGUAGAGAUGAGAUGUUCACUGAGGAGAAGCGUUACAACGUCCACACUGUGUCUCAUCGUUUUUCUGCUGGUCGUAAUUUUUAAAAAGGAGGAUGACGUUCUGAUGGAUGCAGAAAACUGUUUGAGUCGGACACUAUCUCAGCAAGAGCUCCUUUCCACAGCGAAUGCGCAGAUAUUUCAAGAGCUGUGGAAUAGGUCCAGUCCCAUCAGUACUUCUUACCUGAAUCUUGCAGGAUUCCCUUCUAUUAAUAAGAAGUACCUUACAAUUGGGCUGUCGUCUGUGAAAAGGAAGGGUGCAAACUAUGUUUUAGAGACUAUUAAGUCUAUAUUUGAUCAAUCAAGUGAAGAUGAACUUAAAGAGAUGGUAGUUGUUGUCCAUCUGGCAGACUUUAAUAUGAAAUGGAAUGUUCAAAUGGCAAAAGAAAUAUCUCAAAUGUUUAGCCAAUACAUUCUAAAGGGACACCUUCUUCUUAUUCAUGCACCUCAAGAAUUAUAUCCACCCCUUGAAGGUCUUAAAAGAAAUUACAAUGAUCCAGAAGACAGAGUGAAAUUUAGGUCCAAGCAGAAUGUUGACUAUGCUUUUCUAAUGAACUUCUGUGCCAACCUUUCAACCUAUUAUCUGAUGAUUGAAGAUGAUGUUCAUUGUUCCAAAUCCUUCCUUGCUUCUAUCAAGAAAGCAAUAACAUCAAAGGAAGGGUCAUACUGGGUCACACUGGAGUUUUCCAAGUUGGGCUACAUUGGGAAGCUUUACCAAUCAAGAGACUUACCCAGGUUAACUCAGUUUCUCUUAGCCUUCUACCAGGAAAUGCCUUGCGACUGGCUUCUAGUACACUUUCGCCUGCUAUUGACACAGAAAGACGUCAUCCGGUUUAAGCCAUCUUUAUUCCAACAUAUUGGCUUAUAUUCCUCCUUCAGGGGAACAAAAAACCACCUUAAAGAUGAUGACUUUGAAGAGGAUCCCUUUGACAUUCCAGAUAAUCCAGUGGCUGAUGUGUUAACCAACAUUGCUACAUUCAAGGAUUACCAUCCUAACAAAGCCUAUGGCACCAAGGAUGGAUAUUUUUGGGGUGAAUCUCCUCAAACUGGAAGCUACUUUGCUUUGGCUUUUCACAAACCUGCCCAUCUCUCAAGAAUCUCAAUCAGGACUGGCUCUGAUGAAAGAAAGACUGACAUUCUUCUUCAUGGUCAUUUUGAAGUCAGCAAAGAGCGUGCUAAUGGUAAAGACUGUUCCAACUACAUCCAGAUUGGGACUUUCAAUAAGGGUGUAUUUGAGAAAAAUAACUUGGAAGAUUUGGUCACUUUCCCUGCACAGUGCAUUAGAAUAUAUGUAUCAAAGAGUCAAAAUGAAUGGUUAAUAAUUAAAAGCAUAAAAGUAUGGACUACCUAAACAUUUUCAGAUGACAAGAAAGAUUUAUUUUUACUAAAAAUAAUUUAAAGAUUUGCAA